AUGCUAGUUACGGAUUGCAUAGCGGAUCCAGUGCCCAAUACUGAUAUCAAUGUUGAUAACUGGCUUAUCCCUGAUGUAACAUUAGCAGACCCGGAGUUUCAUCUUUCCAGACCAGUCGACAUGUUGUUAGGAGUCACAGUGUUAAUGGAAAUUUUGAAAAGUGGAAGUCAUCAAAUUAGCCCCCAUUUACCACACUUACAAAACACCCAGUUUGGAUGGAUUGUGGGUGGAUCUGUGACGAAAAUGAAUGAAACUAACAAGAUUAAUCAAUUCAUUAACGAGAGCACGCAAAAUUAUCUAUCACGAACAUGGAGUGAAGAAGAAAAUAAAUCGGAGCUACUGUUUCAAGAAACUACUACCAGAGACCACACAGGCAGAUUCAUCAUAAGGCUUCCACUUAAGGACAACUAUAAUCAGUUAGGAGAGUCCAGGAACUUAGCGUUGAAUAGAUUUCUUAAAUUGGAACUUCGUUUUGAAAAAGACCCAGUCUUGCACAAACAAUACAACGAAUUUAUGUACAACUACCUGGAAAUGGGUCACAUGGAAAUGGUUCCGAACAAUGAUCUGAACCUCGAUCAACCUCAUUUUUAUUUUCCUCAUCACCCAGUUUUGAGACCCGAUAGCUCUUCCACUAAAUUGAGGACAGUGUUCAAUGGAUCUGCCUCAACAUCUAGUGGAUUGUCCCUCAACGACGUUCUGCUUACUGGACCCACGAUACAGAAAGACAUUUUUGAUAUAUUGCUCAGGUUUCGGUGCCAUAAAUAUGUUCUCACUGGUGACAUUCAGAAGAUGUUUCGGCAAAUAAUGGUGCACAGUGAUGAUCGCAACUUUCAAUUAAUUUUAUGGCGUUUCUCUACAGAGGAAGCAGUUCAGACAUAUCGGCUCAACACCGUUACAUAUGGAACAUGUUCAGCUUCUUUCAUCGCUGCUCGAUGUCUGCACCAGUUGGGUAUUGAGUUUCAACAGAGGUACCCGGAAGCAGGCAAAAUUGUAUUGAACGAUUUUUAUAUGGAUGACGUUGUAACUGGUCAUGAGGACAAAGUUAAAUUGUUGAGGCUUAAACAAGAGUUGGAAGUUAUCCUCACGAGUGCCGGAUUUGAGUUACAUAAAUGGAAAUCCAAUGAGAAAUCAAUUGUCUCAAACAGCGGGGAAGACGAAGUUUCCAAAAUAUUAGGCAUUCUUUGGAACACAGGCAGCGAUUCCAUUAGUUUUGGUACCCAAAUCGAUCAGCAGGCCGGUACAACAAAACGCAACAUUCUCUCGGAGGUUCAAAAAAUCUUUGAUCCUCUUGGAAUCGUCAGUCCAAUCGUUAUCCUGGGAAAGAUAAUAAUGCAGGAUAUAUGGUCAGUUAAAAUUAAUUGGGACGAUGAACUACCAGUACACAUAAUUAGCGAAUGGAAACGUUUUUGCAACCAAUUGAAAGAAUUAGAGCGCAUUGAGUUUCCUAGACACGUUCGCUCUCAAGGUAAAAUUGUUGAAAUUCACGGGUUUUCUGAUGCUGCAAAACGUGCUUACGGGGCUGCCGUUUACAUUCGUACUGUGAAUGGAGACGAUAAAGUCAGCGUAAGUUUGCUCUGUGCAAAAUCGCGUGUUACACCUACAAGGGAAAGUGGAAAUUUAGAUGAUAUGACUAUUCCUAGAAUGGAAUUGAGAGCAGCUUCCCUGAUGGUGGAGCUUACGACUAAGGUCAUCGAAUCCUUGUCAAUUCCUAUCGAUGGAGUUCAUUAUUGA